GUGGAAAAGAUCAUUAUAGUCGACCUUACAAUAGUAGUGGUUCAUCUUAUAGUUAUGCUCCAUUAGCUACACCUGAAAAUGUAGAUUUAGGUUCUGAAUAUGCUCAGGUUAAAGAUAUAGUACCUGGUCAUUAUCCAUUUGAUGGAGAUUAUUCUUAUUCUCUUGUUCAAGAUAGUUUAUCAAGCUCUAGUAAACAUAAAAUAAGGCUUCAUAGAGAAAAAGGAAGACCCAACUAUUCAGAUUCUGAUAGUGAUUGGAGUUCAAUGGAAAGACGAGCAGAACCAUUAUUCAAUUCUUCUAAUGAAACUUUUUCAAAAUUAAAAUCUCGCAAAACUGUCACUCAAAAACGACCUAAGAAAAAAAGAAUUGCUAUUCCUGUUGCAACACCUAAGGUUCCUUCAUUUAACCCACCAUCAAAUGGAUCCACUAUAGGUUUUAGUUCUCUGUCUUCUCAACAUGGCACAUUUUACUCUGAAGAAAAUUGCGAGAUUAAAUCUAAUAAUAAUGUUUCAUCGCCUCAUUUGUUAGUAGCAAAUUCUAAUUCAUCUAGUGAUAAUUCUGAUGAGAAACCUACUGUUUGGGCACAUCCUUCUGCUAGACAUCUUGAUAAAAGAUCUUUACGGUAUAAAACAAAACAAAUGUGCGCUCCUAUUCCACCAGUAAUAUCUCCCGGUGCUAUAAUUAAUACAAUGUCCUCACAUAUUCAAGAAAUUAAUUAUAAUUAUGAUGAGGAAUCGAGUUUAGAUAUUUCUUCUCCAAGAUGCCUAAAUUCUCCAUCU